CCAAAUUAGAAGAGAAAUUUAUGGAAAAUACUGCCAAUUUAAAGAAAGAAUUGGAAGAUAAAAUUAUGGAAAAAUCUUGCGAGCUGGAAAAAUGGAUUUUAGAAACUUUGGAGAGCAGAAUUCAAGUGCAAGGCAAGUUUGCCGCUUUAGAUGUCAAGACCAUCGACGAACGACAGCGUGGACUUCCGUUGGAAAAAUCAAACACUAUGAUGAGUUAUGUAGAUCCCUCUUACAUUUUACCAUGGCAGUAUCAAAAUAAUGCUUCUGAAUGCAGAAAUAUUGUUUUACAACAGUACCUAUAUCCUCAAACAUGGACAGAAAUGGACCUCUCAUCAGCAUCAUAUGCCAUUGUUCCUGUAUUUCCAUAUACACCUGAAUACACUUGUUUGAUAGAUCGCUUCUUUGGAGAUUAUACUUGCAACAUUAAAGGCUUAUAUAGGGUACAAAACCCUCUAGCUUACAUGAAGUUUAGUCUGCGGUUGGAGCAAUACAGAAAGAAGGAGAGUUGUUGUGUCAGAACCCUUUUUCAUGACACACCUAUAGAAAACACAGAAUCUAUUUGCAAGAAUAACUUUGACUGGCGUUGUGGAAGAAGAUACAAAUAUGGUCCAGGGGUUUACUUCAGCAUCUCACCAACAUUGGCCAAUCGACACUCUUCCAGGAGCCGGAGUUUGGAUAGAUCUAUGUUCAUGGUGGAUGUGUUGAUAAGUAAAGUUUUGACAGUCCCUGAGGGUGCAGAAGUUUCUCUUCCAGAUCUCUAUUAUGAUGAAGACUAUGAUACUGUCUUAUGUCAUGGAGAGCAAACUUACUUAAAAAGCCUGUGGAUUUUUAAAUUUGUUAUUAUUGAUAAUGUAAGUAUAGUUUCAAGGCAUGAGAAAAAAAAUUGA